AUGGCGAGCUCAUCACAAUCCCCAUUCGACGACCUCCGCAUCUCCCUCGACCCUACCACCAUAGACCUCGCGCUCGGCCAAAAGCGUGUGAAAGCAAUCGACCAUGACGGUGCCAUCAUCUACGAAGACGACGAAUCCCUAGAAGCAGACCUCACAUCCCAGCUGGAAAGAAUAUGGAACGAAUACCCCGGCGGCCUACUCGACCUCUCUGAAAGCAAGCUCGAGUCCCUCCCGCCCGAUGCUAUUGCUUUUCAACCAAAACCCAAGCCCGAAGAAGGCCAAGGCGGGGAGGGGGAGAAGAAGAGGGAUGUGUUCAAGAUGAUGGACUGGGAUGAGAUGGAGAGGUUGAGGUCGGAGAUGUUUAUGCAGCUCAACGAUGCGAGGAAUGAACUCUGGUUCGCUCUAGAACUAGCAAAAACCCUAUCCGUCUCCUCAGCCCACCCAUCCCACCCCCCUCCUCCCCCGCCUACUACGCUCCCUCAACACCAAAAGAAACAGCCCAAACCCAAAGCCACCCCUGCCUUGGCAGCAGCAGCCCCACCCACCAUCCCCGGCGAUCCGCCCAUCCUCCCCCCUGGGACGUUCACGACGACGCCCUCCUCCCUCCCCUCUGUGCCGCUGCAUGAUACGGUGAACGACCUCAUCCAGCUGGUGCGUGCGCGGGACGAUGCGGUGGAAGAGUGUUUGGGGCUGGUGGAUGGGGCGGUGGAGGAGCUGGCGUUGAUGGGCCGGGCAGGGGACCGAUUCUGGCGCGACGUCCGUGGGCUGCGCGAAGGGCAGGGAGGGAGGGGACGGUGGGCGGUCGUGCCAAAGCCCGAUUUCGCGAGAACGGGAACAAUGAAAGACGGCGAAAAAGCAAAAGACGUGAUCGUACCCUACGCCAUCGACGAAGCGUCCCCCGCCACCCGAGCACGCUGUAUAGCAGGCUUCGACCUCGACCCGACGUUACCGACCUCGCUCUCUUUCCCUGCGAGGGGCUAUCGACGGGUGAGGGUGUUGUUGAGGGAUCCGGCGGGGACGGUCAUGAGUUCGGGGGUGGAGGCGGAGGAGAAGGCGGGGGAUGUGAGGGAAGAGAUGGAGCGGGCGCAGAUGGAAGCUUUUGAUCAAGACUUGUUCACCCAAAUCCGUAUAGAAGCGUCCACCCUAGACAAAAGCAUCAUCGAACCUUUCCAAGUCCAAAUCCAAAUACCCACAUCCUCCCACACUCUCAUAUUCCAACUUUACUCUCCUCCCUCCGCCCCUUCCCCUUCCCCCUCUCCCUCCCCCUCUUCCCUCCAUUCCAAUCUUGCCUCAACAAGUCCGCUGUGCAAGCUUUUAUUGGCAAGUGCGAGGAUCAACCUCCUCUCGGCUUUACGGGUGCAAAAGCAGAAUCUCGUAGCAGCUUCUUCUUCUUCUUCUUCUUCUUCUUCUCUACAACAAGGCGUCGUGGGGAGCUUGCUGGAAGGCCUGGCAUUCAAAGCGCUCUGGGAAGGUGUCCAAAAUACAGUACGCUCUUUGGCAAAAGCCCUCAAAGGUGCCGGGCUACAAGCCGAGGUCGGGCGGGACGUCAGUGUCAGUGUCGGUGCGGGGGGGAAGGGGGAGGGGAAGGAUACGGGAGAUCGGGGGAUCAUGUCGGUUCUUGGGCAAGUGUUGCAAGGGAACAAGGUGGGAGAAGGGUUCGAGGUGGUUUGGUCGUUAUCCCUCGCCGAUAGGUAA